AUGAUAAUGAGCUAUGAGCUUUGCAUUGCAACAUGUUGUCAUAUCCAAGGGUAUAAAUACUCCGAGACAUCAAAUGGAAAGUUCUCUCACAACAGCUGCGGCACCAGUUGCAACGACCUCCACAAGGACGACAUCACCCAGUCGGUGAGAUGUGCCCAAAAGGUCCUGGCCCAGCAGGGAUGGUCGGCCUGGUCCUCCUGGAACUUAUGCAGUGGCAACUCGCCAUCGAUCGAUAGCUGUUUCUAAUUGAAACUUUCUGUCGGAUUCGUCAUAAUGUUGAACUUAAAU